AUAAUGGCGUUCUCAUGCCAGUCCAAUCGCUGACAACGUUUGUUACCUCGAGUUAUCUGCGUGCCACCAGCACCCCCAAAACCACAGAUAAUCAGAAAUGGCACUAACAGGUAAAAUACGAAGUUCCAUGUCUCCCCCGCCAAAUUAUCUUAGAAUCCGAACUAGAACUCAAAUCGCCUCCCCUUCAAUCAUCUCUCUAUCCCGAAUCUCACCAUUCCAAGCUACAUCGAAAGCCCAUUUGAAUUACCCCAGGAAAAGCACCACCCGCUAUGAAAACAGAGAGGAUAAGAUUGAGGCCACUUUACCAACCAUGUCAGAGAUAUUGGAGUCAUCAAGAGCCCAGAAACUUGAUCUCCAGCUCCAAACUCUAGGACCCUUCUUCAGAAUUACAGCCAAGAGCUUGGAAACCCAAAAAGAACUAGGGAAAGCUGAGGGGUUGAUAAGGGUCUGGCUAAAUGGAAGAAUUCUUCACUUGGACUCCAUUAGAUUGAGGAGAGACACAUUAGGAAUGGAAAAAUCAAUCUUUGGUAUCGGUUUGUUCAUUGGAGCUGUUGCUGUAAGGUAUGGAUAUGAUUGCGAUUGCACGACAGCUGAGUUACUGGCUAUCAAUGACUCUGAUCUCUACCAUUCUAAGCUUGUUAGGUUCUACACGAGAAUUGGGUUCAAGGCUGUACAUGAGGUGACCGGAUCAGCAUUUAGAGAUUAUGCCCACAUGCUGGUCUGGGGAGGCAUUGGUACCCGAAUGGAUGCCAAUGUUGAAGAACUUCUUAUAAGAUGGUGCACCAGGUUCAAAUCUCGAAAAUGAUUCCAUCGUGAUCCUUUGUUGAGUAGUUUGCCGUCAGUUUCUUGAGUAAACACAUUUUCUUCCAAAUUCUUUGAGCCAGAGGGUGGAAGUACUUUCUGUAAAUGCCUAAACCAACAGUGGAAAAUCAACCUGUAAAUGGUUGUGAGCACUGGUCAAAAGCCAAAAGAGCCAGGUCCAAAGCACUGCCCUGGCCUUUUGGCUUUUGUGAUAAGACUUUCUGAAUGAGGUUUUUUCCCAGUAACCAAGUCAUUACUGUUCAACUCCAGUGUUGAGCUGAGGACACACUUUAUCCACCUAAUUGAAUGAUAACACGAGGAGAAAAGAGAAUGUGCUUUGUAAGUUUC